AUGCCUGGCAAAACAGCUACCCCACCACGCAUAACAAAAUUUACCAACUGCCGGAUUGUUCACGGUAACCAGCUCAUCGAGCAAGAUGUCUGGAUUGAUUCUCUAUCUGGAAAGAUUCUUCGCGAUCAGGAGGCCUUUUAUGAAUUGCACAUAUCUCCCGAUGAGGUCAUCGAUCUGGGUGGCCGAAUCCUCGCUCCAGGACUCAUCGAUGUGCAGUUAAACGGUGCCCAAGGCUUUGACUUUUCGGUUCCCAAAGCUUCAAAAGAGGAAUAUGAUGAAGGGUUGCGCAUGGUCAAUAAGGGCCUCGCCAAAACUGGUGUGACAUCAUAUCUCCCAACCGUCGUUAGUUCAACGCCGGAGGUUUACUGGAAAGUACUCCCAUCUUUAGGUCCUUCUGGAGCCAAGCAUCGCGCAGAAGAUGGUGCAGAGUCGCUGGGUGCCCAUGUAGAAGGCCCAUUUAUCAGCCCCGGCCGCAAUGGCAUCCACAAAACUGAUGUUUUGCGCACCGCGAAGAAUUUUGAAGAUGUUGUUAGCUGCUAUGGCAAGGAAAACAUGUUCGGACUGUCGAAAACAGUAAGAAUGAUCACAGCUGCCCCCGAAGUGGGCAGCAUGGUCAACAAUAUUCCAAACCUGACCGCCCAAGACAUUAUCUAUUCAAUUGGACAUUCAGAUGCAACAUAUGAGCAAGCCAUGAACGCCACAAAACAAGGUGCGACCAUGAUUACCCAUCUUUUCAAUGCUAUGCGGCCCUUCUACCAUCGCAACCCUGGCGUAUUCGGUCUUCUGGGCCAAAAUGAGCACCCCCGACCUUUCUAUGGUGUCAUCGCCGAUGGCAUUCAUCUCCAUCCCACCUCAAUUCGGAUUGCGUACAACGCCCAUCCAAACGGUCUCAUUCUCGUGACUGACGCCAUGAAGUUGUGCGGUCUUCCGGAUGGUGUUUACGAUUGGACCAACGGGGAGCGCAUUGUCAAGACUGGAGCUCGGUUGACGCUUGAGGGCUCCGAUAAGAUUGCAGGCAGCUCCGCCACCCUCAUUGAAUGUGUGAACAACUUCCGCCGAUGGUCUGGUGCGUCGACCGCGGAGGCCCUGAAUGCGGUUACUGCCACACCCGCACGUCUCUUGGGACUUGAAGGUGUCAAGGGAACAUUGGACUGUGACGCAGAUGCAGAUCUAGUCGUUUUGACUGACGCACCAGAUCCUUAUUCUGGGCCUACAUUAACAAUUGAUCAAGUCUGGAAGCGCGGUGUCAAGAUUUAUGAUGCUGAGAAAGAAGCUACCAGCAAUGAGGUUUAA